UCUGCAAUUCUCUUCAACACAACAAUAGUACUCGUAUAAUAUCUACGUUGACUCUUUUUGAAGACAUCAAGAUACACUCCUACAGCAUUCUGCGAAAAUCAACAUGCGCGGCAUCGUCUCAGCAAAGUCGCUCCGCGCUCUGCGGAGUUCGUGUCGACCGCAGUCUCUCAACACUAUUUGUAAGACUGCUGCUUGCCGCAACGUGCACCAGUCUGUUCGGAUCCCAGCCAUCACGACUUCACAAGCUCGUCACCGCCCGACACUGCGGCUUGGUUAUCAACAAGGCCCUUCAGCUGCCCUACCCUCUCGCACAAUCUAUAUACAGACGCAGUCCACUCCUAAUCCCUCGGCACUCAAGUUCCUCCCGAACCAUCCUGUCCUGCCAGAAACGUUCCCCUCUACGUUCCUGGAGUAUACCUCUCCUCGGUCGACACUGGCUGCACCCCAUCCCUCACCGCUUGCUGCCAAGCUAUUAGAUGUGGAUGGCGUCUCGUCUGUCUUUUACGGCCCAGAUUUCAUCACGGUGACCAAGGCGGAAGAUGUUAACUGGGCCCAUGUCAAGCCGGAGGUCUUUAGCCUCAUCACAGAGGCAAUCACGUCAGGAGAGGACAUUGUUAACACGGUGGACAAAUCUACUGCCGCAGACGGCCAGGAAGGCGCAAGCGAAGACUCCCUGGCGGCCAACGAUGAUGAUGACGAGGUGGUGGCAAUGAUCAAAGAACUACUUGAGACUCGAAUCAGACCGGCUAUUCAAGAGGACGGUGGUGAUAUCGAAUUUCGCGGAUUCGAGGAUGGCAUGGUGUUGCUCAAACUCCGUGGAGCUUGCCGGACCUGCGAUUCUAGUACAGUGACACUGAAGAAUGGCAUCGAAUCAAUGUUAAUGCAUUAUAUCGAGGAAGUCAAGGGUGUCAAUCAGGUAUUGGAUGAAGAGGAAGAGAUCGCAAUGAAGGAAUUCGCCAAGUUCGAGGAAAAGCUGCGGCAGCAAAAAGGCCCAGAUGCGAUACCUUCGACAGUGGGCAAAGGCAGCUUGGACUAUGCUGAGUGAAGAUCCACCGUUCCACUGGCUUGUUGGUCAAGAGAACAUGUGGCAACAGUUCUUGGCUCUGUUCCCGCCGAGUGGUGCAGGACAUCGGCUGAAGUCUCACUCGACUUACCAUGGCGAUCACCGUUUCCAGCGCGAAGUACGUCUCCUAAUCACGGCUAUACAAGGUAGCGGCGGAAAGGCUAUUGCAAGAUCCCACAGAGUUCCUUCUACAGUUGGCAUCGUGCAUCGUUCGAUAUCUGCAUACGCGAAAGGGUUGAGCGUAGAUUGCGCCAGAUCGAAGAUUGCUCCAGAUUCUUCGAUCUGGCGCGAUAAUGGAGAUUCCCAAGAAGAGGCAAUGUUCGGACUGCUAUAGAUGCGGUGUUGGGAGCCAAAAUAACGAGCAUUUCGAGGUGCAGAUCACCGAUCACUCACCAGAUGCAGGGAUAGAAGAAUAUCGUGGUACUGGUUUCGGUAUAGCUUUCGCCCCGAGCAGCGGUCUCGAUGGGGUCGGAACGGCUUACGAAGCUUCAAGAAAAAGACAGUCAUCGGUCGACCGUAACUGUCAACAGGAAUGGUGUAAAGUAUAAAGCUACACACGUGCAUUGUGUAUAACGGAGUACUUGUGCCCAUCUUCAACACACUCCGCGGCGUGGCGCGAUGUGGUGGCGUUUAGGGAGAUGCCACCGUUCGGGAGUAUCACACUGACAUACGGCGCUGGGUGGUGACACUGACGCUUGGAAAGACAUUGUCGUCUCAGUAUAAGCGUAGUUCCUGUAGCCAGAAACAAUAUCCGGUAAACAAUUUAUGACGUUUCGACACCGAA